AUGAACUUCCUCGAGUUCCUUUCGGCCCUCUUUGGCUGGAUCUACUUCCUCUGCUGGAGCGCCAGCUUCUACCCGCAGCCCGUCCUCAACUACCGGCGCAAGUCGACGGCCGGCUCCGUCAUCGACUUCCCCUUCAUCAACACGCUCGGCUUCCUCGCAUACUUCAUCUCCAACAGCGCCUUCUACUGGUCGCCCGUGAUCCGCCACCAGUAUGCCCUGCGCAACAAGGGCCUGACGCCCACCGUCGCCUUCAACGACAUUGCCUUUGCCGUCCACGCGACCAUCAUCAGCUUCAUCCUCGUCACUCAGUACAUUGUGCCCGCCUGGUGGGGCUUCGAGCGCGCCCCUGGUACCAGACCCUCCCGCCUCAUGCUGGGCAUCUUCUUUGGCUCCUUUGUCGGCGUCGGCAUCAUGAUUUUUGUCGUCGCCUCUGUCCCGCCGGAUGCCGACCCGGCCACCAACUGGGCCUGGCUCGACGUCGUCUACACCAUAUCCUACGUCAAGCUGCUCAUCACCAUUGUCAAAUAUAUGCCGCAGCUCGUCUACAACUUCCGAAACCGGAGCACAAAGGGCUGGGCUAUCGGCGGCAUGAUCUUGGACUUUGUCGGUGGUAUCCUCAGCAUCGCACAGCUCGGCAUCGACUCGUAUCUGCAGCGCGACUGGUCGGGCAUUACGGGCAACCCUGUCAAGUUUACCCUCGGCAACGUGUCCAUGAUCUACGACGUGUUUUUCAUGCUGCAGCACUACUGCUGGUUUGCCGAUGACAACGCGGACAAGGACUUAGAGCGCGCUGCGCUAUUGGGUGGCGAGGAUGACAGGAGAAGAUUAGAUUAG